AUGAAGUCUCUAAUGCGUUUACGUUGCGUAUGCAAGUUGUUUCGUUCCAUGAUUGACGAUCCUUACUUCAUCAAACUUCACCAUUCACGGUCCCUCGCUUGUCCUGAAAGCAGCACGCGCAUCCUCAUUUACACCAUCUACAACCUGGAGAAUGUGGAUUUCUUCUCCGUGGAAAUCGGAGGAGACCAACAAGCGGUUCACUGCGCUACGUUUCCUAUAGACUAUUUGGUUUCAGUUCACUACCUAAGGAGUGACAACGUUCGUGAUAGGGUUUGCGUCUUUCCCCAGGUUGUGAAAGGCCUGGUUCUCCUUAAGGAUCGAAUCUGGAAUCCGCUAACCGGUCAUGUAACCAGCCUUCCGCCUGCAGAGGAGAAGGAUCUUCCCGAAGGGCAGCCAACUUAUAGAUUCUUGGGUUUCGAUCCACAUGCAAACCAGUACAAAGUGCUCUACAUAAGUUCACUUUCUGUUUGCAAAAUACUGACAAUUGGAAUAGACGGCAUAAUUGGCUCAUGGAGAUUCAUCAAAACCUAUCCUAAGGAGAUGCAAUCCCCUUUGCUAAGGGGUUGUGGACACGAUAUGUUGUACCUGAGCAAUCGAGGCGACUACCCCAGCUGCGUCCUGGCCUUGGACCUUCAUACGGAAGUGUUUCAUACUCCUUCUUUUCCUGUGGACAACAUCAGCCGCAAUGCAUGGUCUAUAUACAAUGCAUUCCCAGGGAGAUCGGUGUUCAAUUAUAAUGAUUCGUUUUGGCGAUCGGACGGCAAAGGCGGAUGGGACAAGAAAUUAGACAUUCCGAGACCCUAUAAGAUGUUGGGCACUUUGGGCAAAGGUGAGGUACUUCUUCAUUCUUACAGUGAAGAGUACGAUGAUACAACAUUGGUAGGGUUUAACCUGGAGACUGGAUUUUUAAGAGAAAUUCAUUCUCCUAGAUUUUUAAGAGAGAUUCAUACUCCUCAUUUUCAAUAUUUAUUAUACAAAGGUGUAGAAACCCACAUGGAAUGCUUGAUUCGAUUUUAA